UCUUAUUUUUUCCCCCCCUUUCCCCUUCCUUUUUUUUUCCUUUUCCCCCUUUCCCCCCCUUUCACCAUUUCCCCUCGGAGGCGCUUCCCCCGGGCAGGGGCAGAGCCGGUCUCACCCCCCGCCUCUCCCCGGCCCCCGCCGCCCUAUGGCGAGCGGGAACCCCCUCCCCACCCGGGCACAAGCGGCUGCGGUUGGAGGAGCGGGACCGGCAGCGGCCUCAGGUCCGGGGGCGUCAUGGAACUAAUUCGCUGACCGACCCACAGGCCGCAGCCGUGCGUCCCGCUCGAGCGCCCGCGCCCUCCGGCCCGGUUCCCCCUCUUCUCCCUCCUCAGUCGGCCCCGUCCUCGUCCCGCGCGCCCCGUCGCCGCGCGCUGAGGAAAAUGAGGUGGUAACGGGCCCCCGGAUGACCCCUCGUCACCACUGUGAGGCCUACAGCUCUGCCGGGCAGGAGGAGGAGGAGGAGGAAGAGGAGGAGAAGAAUGUUUCUCCAUCCCAGAGAGAUGAAGUGAUUCAGUGGCUGGCCAAACUCAAGUACCAAUUCAACCUUUACCCAGAAACAUUUGCUCUGGCUAGCAGUCUUUUGGACAGGUUCUUAGCUACUGUAAAGGCCCACCCAAAAUACCUGAGUUGUAUUGCAAUCAGCUGCUUUUUCCUAGCUGCCAAGACUGUUGAGGAAGACGAGAGAAUACCAGUACUGAAGGUGUUGGCAAGAGAUAGUUUCUGUGGAUGUUCUUCGUCUGAAAUUCUGAGGAUGGAGAGAAUUAUUCUGGAUAAGUUGAAUUGGGAUCUUCACACAGCCACACCAUUGGAUUUUCUUCACAUUUUCCAUGCCAUUGCAGUGUCAACUAGGCCUCAGUUACUUUUUAGUUUGCCCAAACUGAGCCCAUCUCAACAUUUGGCAGUCCUUACCAAGCAAUUACUUCACUGUAUGGCCUGCAGCCAACUUCUGCAAUUCAAAGGAUCCAUGCUUGCCCUGGCCAUGGUUAGUUUGGAAAUGGAGAAACUCAUUCCUGAUUGGCUUCCUCUUACAAUUGAACUGCUUCAGAAAGCACAGAUGGAGAGCUCCCCGCUGAUCCACUGCCGGGAGCUUGUGGCACGCCACCUUUCUACUCUGCAGUCUUCCCUGCCUCUAAAUCCCGUUUAUGUCUACCGUCCCCUCAAGCACACCCUGGUGACCUGUGACCAAGGAGUGUUCAGAGUACAACCCUCCUCUGCCCCAGGCCCAGAUUUCUCCAAGGACAACAGCAAACCAGAAGUGCCAGUCAGAGGUACAGCAGCCUUCUGCCAUCAUCUCCCAGCUGCCAAUGGGUGCAAGCAUACCUCUGCUAAACGCAAAGUAGAGGAAAUGGAAGUGGACGACUUCUAUGAUGGGAUCAAACGGCUCUAUAAUGAAGAUAAUGCUUCAGAAAAUGUGGGUUCUGUGUGUGGCACUGAUUUAUCAAGGCAAGAGGGACAUACUUCCCCUUGUCCACCUUUGCAGCCUGUUUCUGUCAUGUAGCUCCAGGUGUUACCUUCAAGUGCAAACUAAGGUAGACUACUGUGGGAAUGGGAACAUGGAAAACAGGAUAGGCUGUAUAAAGGUAUAUACCUUAUCAGGCUGAUUCGAAAUAAGCCAGAAAAAAAACCCUGUUGACUUGUAUGGCUAAUUAUAAUUCAACAUUAUUUAAGCACUUAAAGACCAAAAACAGUGUAAAAUUCAAGAUCAAAAAAUUUUUAAGUAAAAAAUUUCUUUGUAGUGUUUGUCAUUUCCACCCUUUUCUCUGCUAAAAUGUAAUGUAGAUUAAUUACCCUGUGUCAGAAAUUCACAUUCAGUGUUUUUUUUUUUAAAGUUCCAAAAUUCGUAGCUAGCAAACCUUGUCCCAGAAUCCUGAUUUAAUUUUCCUCUUGCUUUUGCUUGCUGCUUCUUUGAAUACUAAAUGAAUUUUAUGCAUGUUGAUCUAUAGCCUGACUUCCACUGAUGAGGAAACCCUGAAAAUUUAUUUUUAGCAAUUUAGUGAACAAAUUAUUUCAGUGACAGCCAUGUUUAAUCAAUAAUUCAAAUUCAACUUAAUCUGAAAAAGGUACUUCAGAAUUGCCUAUGAAUCAGAGUUGGUAACAGAAAAAGAACUCCCAUUACCAUGUUGAUUUUUGUUUGUCUCCUUUCAAUUUCUAGAGUUUGGAAACAAAAUUAAUAUUUUCAUUUUUAUCUUAAAUUGAAGCUUAAAAGUGGCAUGUGAUUAGGACACUCUUAAGAUUUGUUGGAAGCAUUUUUGACAUUUGUAAAAUAGAAUUUGUGAUAAAGUUAAUAUAUCCAGGUGCUCACCAAAGAAACAUGUAACAACUAAAAUUAGAUUUUAAAAAAACUGUUCAGUUCACUCGUUUAUAAUCAGUAGGAGAGACUGUCUAGAUGUUGGGGCAGCUCUAUGAUUUGGGUCUGUAACAUGUAAUAACUGAAUUCAGUACCCUAGUUUUAUGUUAAGCUAUUAGGAUUUUCUUGAUAAAAGUUAAUCCCCUUGCCUCCCCAGCCUACCUGUAUUUCUCUUCAUGACUUCUGGGUCCUGAGCUCCCUGUGCAGCCUGAAGAAGGUACUGCAGUCAGAACCAUGUACUGAUGAUAAAAGCCUCUGGUAGCAAUAAAAGUUGUCCUUAA